AUGGAACCCCAAGUCGGCAUCAGUGUAUUUGUCUGGAACAAAGAGGGCAAGUUUGUUCUCGGCAAACGACAAGGAAGCACUGGUGCAGGCACUUGGGGCCUACCAGGCGGACACCUUGAAUUUGGCGAGUCCUUUGAGACCUGCGCAGUGCGCGAGGUUUUCGAAGAAACAGGUCUAGACGUCUACGAUCUGAAAUUCCUGGCCGUUGUGAACAGCGUCAUGCUUGCGGAGAAGAAGCACUACGCCGUUAUUUUUCUUGAAGGAUACGUCGACGGAAAAAAAGAGGCGAUACAACCUUCUGUCCGUGAGCCAGACAUGUGCGCCGGGUGGGAGUGGGCUUCUUUGGAUGAGGUACGAUCCUAUUAUGAGGAGCAGUUAAGUGGGAGGAAGGGUGUUUGA